CCAACUGAAUGGCAAUGCCAAGGGGAAGGGCAGCCUGUAUUUAACACCCAAUGAGUGCAGAGCUGCUAUGAGAGGAGAGUGCAGUAUAUAGGGCAGUGUAACAAGUAGUGUAGGGUGGCUGAAAUUCACUGGACUUUCAAGCUAUCCUCAGAGUUAUCAAUCUGUAUGGCUGAAUGACAAGGACUCAUUACCAAAAUACAGCAGGAUUAUUACCAAACUCCCAGUGUUCCACUGCAUUCUACUUGUGUGCCCCCUGUUAUCUCUGUGCCACUCUAUUGUUUUGUGGUACCACUCACAUACUGUGAGUGACAUAGCUGUGCAUAGACCCAUCUUUCCAAAGCCUCUCCUAUUAACAACCAGUGCAAUGUGGGCUCAGUUGCUCUCUGUGAUAAUGCAUCUCUGACCUGUCAUUUGACAGUGGAAGCUAAUCCCAGCCUCGGUAGCCACAUGACAGUUAAUGCUGGACCAGAUCACUCUUAAAAGCAGGAUGCUGGCUUUGCAGAACCCAGAGCUAAGUAGCCUCUGAGAAACUGAAUCUGAGAGGGAUUGGAGCGAGAGGAACAUACUGCUUUAUCAUUGCACAUCUUUGCAGAUCACCACUCCUCUGUUUCUGUUCCGAUGGCUCCUAGGUUCCAAAAAGAAGGCAUUUGUGUUUAUUUACUCACCCUGCUGGGUGCCUGGGCAGCAUCUACUCAGGGAUUGACCAAGAAAAAUCAAUGUCCAUCCUGUGGAGUGCAAGACAAGGAGGUAAUGAUGGAGCUGGCCAAGCAGCAGAUCCUGCAGAAACUCCACCUCAAGGAAAGACCCAACAUCACCCACCCAGUCCCUCGAGGGGCUGUAGCCAAUGCUCUGAGAAGGCUGCACCUUAACAAGCCCAGAAUGGAAGGGCUAUUUGGAUCUAUGAAUUGGGACAGUAAUACAGAAAAUCCUGACACAGACCAGCAGAGUUAUGAGAUCAUCAGCUUUGCAGAAACUGAAUACAACAAUGAAAGCAGUAUUACACUGAACUUCCAGUUUACGAGAGACAAGGAGCAAACUGCACAUGUUCUACAAGCCCACCUGUGGCUUUUCCUCAAGGCAAAUAGGACAAGCCAGUUAAAUGAAACUAUUAGAUUAUACCUGGUCCAAGAAGCUAAUUCUCAGCGUAUACUGAUCAGUGAAAAAAUAAUUGACCCAAGAUGGACUGGUUGGCAAACUUUCUCUAUGAAGUCAAUGCUCCAGUCUUUCUUUGAUGGAGGAAAUAAGAGCUUACAACUGGAAUUGAACUGUGAUGGAUGCCUAGAUGUUCCAGUUUUAGUUAAUCCCAAUGAUUCCCAUCAGCCUUUUCUUGUAGCACAAGCCAAAGUACAUGAAAGAAGUCACCAUGCUACAAAAAGAAGUCUUAACUGUGAUCAGAACUCCAAUCUGUGCUGUAGGAAAGACUAUUAUGUAGACUUCAAGGAUAUCGGGUGGAAUGAUUGGAUUAUAAAACCAGAGGGAUAUCAGAUAAACUAUUGCAUGGGUCUUUGCCCAAUGCAUAUCGCUGGAGCCCCAGGUAUGGCAGCCUCAUUCCACACCACGGUCUUCAAUCUCAUCAAGGCCAACAAUAUCCAGACAACAGUGAACUCUUGCUGUGUCCCUACCAAAAGGCGCCCUUUGUCCAUUCUUUAUUUUGACAGAAAUAACAACAUUCUCAAGACUGACAUUGCCGAUAUGAUUGUAGAAGCCUGUGGAUGUAGCUAGGGGGCUGCAUAGGUUUUGGACCUUUAAGUUAAAAAGAGAGAAGCUGGCUUCUGUCUUUAUUAUUUGCUUGAAGAUAGGAGAAGAACAUGUGAAAAAAGUGAUGCCACAAUUACUUACCAAAUUCAUGAGAAUCACUUCAUGGUUUUACAACACUAACAAGAUCACCCUCUCUAAACUGAUCUAGGGGGCUGAAGCACAAAAUUGUCCAGCA